CGGGCGGGCAGUGAGCGCGGCGCGGUGGGCGACGAGGAUGGGGCCGGGGCGCCCGGGAGAGCCGCAGCCUCAGGAGCCCCGCUGAACGCGGCCGCGGCGACCCGCGCAGGAGCCGACAUGUGUCUGUGCCUCGGUGGCCUGAGCGUGUGUGACUUCCGGAGGGUGCUGAUGAAGACAGGUCUGGUGCUGGUAGUGCUGGGCCACGUGAGCUUCAUCACAGCCGCCCUGCUCCAUGGCACCGUGCUGCGCUAUGUGGCUGCCCCCCACGAUGCUGUGGCUCUGCAGUACUGCGUGGUCAACAUCCUCUCUGUCAUUUCCGCUAUCGUGGUCAUCGCCUCUGGUAUUGCAGCCAUAGUGUUGUCACGCUACCUUCCCAGCACCCCUCUGCGCUGGACAGUGUUUAGCUCAAGCUUGGCCUGUGCUCUCCUCUCUCUGACCUGUGCCCUUGGCCUCUUGGCCUCAAUUGCUGUGACUUUUGCCACCCGGGGCCAAGCACUACUGGCUGCCUGCACUUUUGGGAGCCCUGAACUACUGGCCCUCACACCUGACUGCCCGUUUGACCCCACACGCAUUUACAGCUCCAGCCUGUGCCUGUGGGCCAUCGCACUAGUGCUCUGCAUGGUGGAGAGCCUGUUUGCUGUGCGCGGCGCCCAGCUCACCCACCAGCUGCUGGAACUGAGGCCCUGGUGGGGGAAGAGCAGCCACCACGCGAUGCUAGAGAGCCCAGAGCCUGUGGAGGGCCAAGACCUGCUGAUAUACUAGCUCUGAGCCUCUGACCCUCUGAAAGCUGAUGUCUCAUCCAGGCCCCAGGACCACUGGCAACCAAGUCUGUACCAUGACCAAGCUAAGAUUCCUGGAACUGGCCCAAGAGGGUUCAAUGGACCCUCAGAGAUCCAAAUGAGGCUUUCGACCCCUUCCCCUGACCACCUAGCCCACUGCACUGAAAUGAGACUUUAUUCUGAAGUUAUUAAAAAGAACAGAGAUGUUC